AUUUCGCCAUGCCAACCAGCUCGCGAGAUGGAGGAGGAGACAGGAUAAUUUUGAACGGCGGCGGCGGAGAAGGAGACGGAGACGGUGGUGGGGCGGCGGCGAGGCAGGUGUGGGUGCCGGGGCCGGUGAUCGUGGGGGCGGGGCCGUCGGGGCUGGCGACGGCGGCGUGCCUGAAGGCGAGGGGGGUGCCGUCGCUGGUGCUGGACAAGGACGCGUGCGUGGCGGCGUCGUGGCGGGAGCGCACGUACGAGCGGCUCCGCCUGCACCUGCCGCGCGGCUUCUGCGAGCUGCCGCUGGCGCCGCCGUUCCCGCCGGGGACGCCGCCGUACCCGACCAGGGACCAGUUCGUCGCCUACCUCGACGCCUACGCGCGGGCCUUCGCCGUCGAGCCCCGCCUCGGCGCGCGCGUCCGCGCCGCCGCCUACGACGCCGCCAUCGGCUUCUGGAGGGUCACCGUCGUCGAGGACUCCUCCUCCUCCUCAUCCGGCGCCAUGGCGGCGGCGUCGUCAACGGAGACGGAGUUCCUGUCGCGGUGGCUGGUGGUGGCCACCGGCGAGAAUGCCGAGCCGGCGUGGCCCGAGGGCAUGGAGGGGAUGGACGCCUACCGCGGCGCCGUGAUGCACACCAGCAGCUACAAGAAGGGGGACGAGUUCGCCGGCAAGAAGGUGCUCGUCGUCGGCUGCGGCAACUCCGGCAUGGAGGUCAGCCUCGACCUCUGCAACAAUGGCGCCGCCACCUCCAUGGUCAUCAGGGACAAGAUUCAUGUGCUGCCGAGGGAGAUUCUGGGCAUCUCAACAUUUGGACUCUCAGUGUUCCUCCUCAAGUGGUUUCCCAUAAAAUGGGUUGAUGCAAUGCUACUCUUUUUCUCGAGAUUAAUCCUUGGAAACAUUGAGAAAUACGGCCUCCGUCGACCUAAGAUUGGCCCACUCCAGAUCAAGUGCUCCACCGGGAAAACUCCAGUGCUUGACAUUGGGGCUCUUAGAAAGAUCAAGAAUGGCGAAAUAAAGGUGGUCCCGGCAAUAGACUGCUUCACUGAGAAUGGGGUGGCAUUCGUGGAUGGGUGUAGGGAGGACUUCGACGCCGUCAUCUUCGCCACUGGAUACAAAAGCAAUGUGCCAUCAUGGCUCAAGGAGGAGGAGUUCUUCAGCGAGAGCGACGGGUUCCCGAGGAAGGCGUUCCCGCACAGCUGGAUGGGCAGCAACGGCCUCUACGCCACCGGCUUCACCAAGCGGGGCCUCCUCGGCACCUCCUACGACGCCGCCAUGAUCGCCGCCGACAUCGCCCGCCGCUGGACCAACGCCCUCGCCGCCGCCGCCGACCACCACCACCACCACCGCUAAUUAACUGAUCCAUCUCUCCUCUGCACCUGCACCAACACGCUUAAUAUAUACUCCAUAUCGAUUAUCUUAUAACUAAUCAACUAGCGACCUGUCCCCUCCCCUACAGACUCAUCUUCAGCUGAUCCAUCGAUCGAUAUUUCUUGCUGUGCUGCUGCGUCUUCAGCAUCUGCAGGUCGAGAUCAGUCAUGCAUCAAUGUGCGAUGUGUGCGUUGUACAUAUGUAUGCCAAACUAUAUGAUAUUUAUAAUGCGUCAAUGUGUAUCAUGUGUGUUUAAUCAUGUGGUGUGGUAUAUCAUCUAAAUACAAUUUAAACCCUGAUCGAGCCUGAGAAUGAUCUUGGUGGGUAACCCUGAGUUCUGAGUUCUGAAGCUCUUCCCAUGGCUGAACCUGCGCUGUUCUGAACUCUGAACUACUCUGAAGAAAAUACAGAUCCGGGCACAUACUUUGAGCAGCCUGUCCAAACUCCAGUGGUGUUCUGCAGCAUCUGAGCGGGUGCAAUGCUACAACAGAUUAGCUCUGGGAACACUGCAAUGUAGCAUAGACAGAUAUAGCUCUUCCAAAGGAUUGUUCUAGCUCGGUUGAGAUUCAGACAGAAGGGUUUCUUGGAGAUAAUGUUCAUAGCAUAUUGGCACA